AUGGGUGAAAAAAUAGAUAGAACUAUUAACAACGGAACAUCGCCGCCGAUAUUCCGUAUCAAUGGUCAAAAUUUUCAUCGGAUUGGAAGCUUAUUACCUUCACAUGGCAUUCAACCGAAAUUUGCCCAAUUAUACAUUCACGAUACAGAGAAUGAGAUAGAAAAUCGCUUAAACUCUUUGAGUGCCGAAAAUAAUGGUUCUGCGUUGCAUAGUGAGGUAGUACAUGACAUUAAGCAAGUUCUAGAUGAACACAAUGUGUUGGUUAAGUCAUUCCGAAUGGCCAAGUCGUUUCUGGAGUCUAAUCCUCAAAGUCAAAUCAGAAUGAGAUUAAUAGGAAAGAGGACUAAAGAUGCCAGGACUUAUGCGUUACCAACUACUUCCGAGGUUGCUGCACUCAUUGUUGGAGAUAUAGACCCUUACAUGGGUCAACGUGAUAUUGUUGUCGAGUGUAGGUCUGGAGCACUGAAACGAAUAAAUGAAUUAAACCCGGCCUAUUUACCAUUGCAAUACCCAAUCUUAUUUCCAUACGGGGAGGAUGGUUUUCGAGAAGAUAUACAUUUUGCAACACUUGGUACAAAACGAGAUUUUUCAAGAAAGAGUGUUUCACAAAGAGAGUACUUCACGUUCCGUAUCCACGAAAGAUCAAAUGAGAUCUCAACAAUAAUGUAUGCCAGAAGGUUAUUCCAACAAUUCUUGGUUGAUGCGUAUACUAUGGUUGAAUCUUCGAGGUUGCUCUAUAUUAGGUCAAAUCAAAAAGCUCUGAGGUGUGAGGCGUACAAAGGUUUGUCUGAUGCGUUGACCCGCGGUGAAGUUCAACCCAACUCUCAAGGGAAAAGAAUAAUAUUACCUUCAAGUUUCACUGGAGGAGCAAGAUACAUGAUACAGAACUAUCAAGACGCCAUGGCAAUUUGCAGAUGCAUAGGUUAUCCAAAUCUGUUUAUUACUUUUACAUGUAAUCCUAAAUGGCCCGAGAUACAACGAUUCUUGGAGAAAAGAAACUUGAAAGCUGAAGAUCGUCCCGACAUUGUCUGCCGUGUUUUCAAGCUGAAGCUAGGCUGUUUAAUUAAAGAAAUAAAGAAUGGAAAACUAUUUGGUCGUGUAAAGGCAGUAAUAUACACAAUUGAAUUUCAAAAACGUGGUCUUCCGCAUGCCCACAUAUUACUGUUCCUACAAGCGACCAACGACUUUGCCAACCCGGCUUUUAUGGACACGAUCAUUUCAGCCGAGAUUCCCGACAAGUGUUCAGACAUUGAGUAUUACAAAGCUGUCGAAGAAUUCAUGCUGCACGGCCCAUGCGGUGCUGCAAGGACUAAAUCCCCGUGCAUGGCAAAUGGCAAGUGUUCAAAGUAUUUUCCAAAAAGAUACAUUGAUGCAUCACAUUUUGAACAAGAUGGUUACCCGUUGUAUCGAAGAAGGGAUGAUAAGAGGACAAUAAAAAAGAAUGGAAUAGAGUUGGAUAAUAGAUAUGUUGUACCACAUAAACGGUACUUGCUUUUGAAAUACAAAUCUCACAUUAAUGUAGAGUGGUGUAACCAAUCUAGGUCAAUCAAGUACUUCUUCAAGUACGUAAACAAGGGCAACGACCGUGUAACUGCUGAGUUUUAUAAGACUUCGAUGGAUGAAGCGGGUAAUGAGAUUGUGGAUGAGAUAAACAUGUACUAUGAUUGCAGAUACGUAUCUGCAUGCGAAACAGCCUGGAGAUUGUUUAGUUUUGAAGUCCAGUAUAGGACUCCCCCGGUUGAGCGAUUAAGCUUCCACUUGUCGGAUUGCCAAUCAGUUGUUUUCCAAGACGAUGAUAGUAUUGAUAAUGUACUCAAUAGAGAAACCGUUGGUCAAAGUAUGUUUAAUGCAUGGUUUUUAGCCAACCAGAAUUUCAAAGAAGCGAGUUUGUUGACUUACAUUGAGAUGCCUACCAAAUUUGUUUGGAAAAAAGACAUCCGUGAAUGGCAUCCAAGAAAGACCAAUAGAUCCUCAAUUGGUCGAAUAUUCUAUGUACCUCCAGCUUCAGGUGAAAUAUAUUAUUUGAGAUGUCUAUUGAACAUAGUCCGUGGUCCAAAAAGUUUCAAAGAUAUUAGGACAGUUAACGGUGUUGAGUACUUGACCUUUAGAGAUGCGUGUUAUGCUCAUGGUUUGCUAGACGACGAUAAAGAGUACGUUGAUGCUAUAAAUGAGGCAAGCUACUGGUCAACUGCACAUUCAUUGAGGAAGCUAUUUGUUGUUUUACUAACAUCAUCCUCAAUUAUUAGACCCAAAAAUGUUUGGAAUCAAGUUUGGCAACAUCUGUGUGAAGAUGCUCAACACUAUCAAAGAAGAAUAUUAAAACAGCAAGAUUUGGUCUUAACAGAGGAAGAGAAAAAGAACUUUGGAUUAUUGGAAUUGAAAAACCUGUUGGGGCAACAGAACAAGUCUUUAAAAGACUUUCCUCCGAUGCCCACACCAAGUACUGAUAAUACAAGGUUGUUUCAAAAUCGAUUGGUUUUUGAAGAACUGAAUUACAAUUCGGAACAAUUGAAGACAGAUUCUGAACUGAUGUGUGCCAAACUAACAGAAGACCAGAGUCUCAUUUUUGAUACUGUUAUGCAAGAUAUUGCAACCAAUAAAGGUGGAUUAUUUUUUGUUUAUGGAUACGGUGGGACAGGAAAGACUUUUUUUAUGGAGAGCGUUAUCCGCUUCAGUCCAGUGCAAAGGCCAGAUCGUUUUAAAUGUCGCAUCAAGUGA